AUAAUCUAGUGAGGCUGUUCCUGUUUCCAAGUUACUACAUGAAUCAGACUAGUGUUUCACUUCCUGUUCAGCCACUAAUUAAUUAAUCAACAAAUAUUAAUUAAAAACAAUUUUUAUUUUUACUUAUAUCUCACUUGUAAUUUUGGAUAUGAUAAAAAAUAUAGUGUAUUAUACUUCUCAUCUCAUAGAGUGCUUCAUUGUUUUAAAAAACUCCAAUUAAAACUAUGCUUAAAAAUGUGCUUUGACCAUGCCAAAACUAGAAUGGUAGAAGAACAUCUCUUGAAACCUCCACAAGAGUUCGCCUUUCCAUUUUCAACCGUACUCAAUUCAACAUGAGUUCAUGUCAGCACUAUAUUCAACUCUUGAGGAAGGAAAACUGGGCAUUUUUGAAAGCCCCACUGGAACCGGAAAAUCAUUAAGUAUAAUCUGUGGGUCUUUGCGCUGGCUGUAUGAUCAUCUUGCCAGAGAAAGAAAUGUACUGGAGUCACAAAUACAGGCUUUGAAGAAGAAGGAAACACAAAUUGAAGAUGAAGGAGACUGGAUAAGUGGCCAAUCACAGAAGCUGGAGGCCGAAAGAGAACGAAGAAAACUGGAGGAGCUUCUCAAACUAAUGACUGAUAAUGAGAAUGAAAUGAAAAAGAUGAAAGAAAGAGUGAAAAACAAAGGCUCAAAGGGGAGGAAAACCAAGGUUGAUGAUGCUGGAGCCACAGUUAAGAAGACUAAAGGAUCUUGUAGUUGUCCUCACAUGAAAGUAUCACAGAAUAUUACUCAACUGAGUGAGGAAGCCUUGACUACUGUCCAAGAUGUUGAAGCUUUGGUAGACAAGGGGAGCAAGAUCUCAGCUUGUCCGUACUAUGCUACCAGAGCGGCUGUCACUAAUGCACAA